AUGAAGUCAAUCAUCCCCCUCGUCCUCUCCGCUGCAACUGUGGUGAAGGGAGUGCAAAGGACAUACUCUGCACCCCUCAUCGACUGUGAGUCCCUGGUCGCACCAGAGGUCGAGGGCGCCGUCACGACCUCCAUCAACGCCACCUCGGUCAACGCGACAGCGGCUUCCGGAUACUGCGCCGUCGAAGUCUACCUGACGCAUGGCAACUCGUCGGACAAUGUACUCAUCCUGACGUGGCUGCCAGUCUCUUGGAAUGGUCGGUACCAGGGGACUGGCGGUGGCGGUGUCGUAGCUGGCGGCAGCUCCAGCGCUCUCAUUGCGCCCGUUGCCAGCGGGUAUGCGGCCGGUACGACCAAUGCUGGCCUACCAAAUUCGGCGGAUGGGUCAGACUGGGCAAACAACACGCAGCUGGUCAAUAACUUUGCCUACCUCUCUGUCCACGAGAUGACGGUUGUAGGCAAGGCACUCGUCGAGCAGUUCUAUGGCAAGGCGCCAGACUACUCGUACUGGAACGGCUGCUCGACUGGUGGACGUCAAGGACAUAUGGAGGUUCAGCGGUACCCAACCGACUACCAAGGUGUCUAUGCCGCCUCUCCGGCUAUCAACUAUGACCGCUUCCAGCCCGCCGAGCUGUGGCCGUAUGUGGUGCAGAAUGUCGAGGGCGAAUUCGUCCCGCAGUGCAUCUUUACAGCCCUGACGAAUGCGGCAAUUGAGCUCUGUGACAUUGAUGAUGGUGCUGAAGAUGGACUCAUUGUGAAUCCCAAUACUUGUGGCUUUGAUGCCAACUCUUUGGUCGGCCAGGCUGUCAACUGCAGCGGCAACUCUACCACGAUCACGGAGCGGCAGGCCAAGAUCUUUAACAGCAUCGCACAUGGACCCGUGGGCACGGAGGGAAACAAGCUGUUCUCGGGCCUACCUUUGGGCAGCUCGUUGGCUACGAUCGCCGGAACAACGCCAGUCAACCUCAUCUCGGCCUGGGUCAGAGCCUUUGUCCUGCAUCAACCCGAUUUUGACCUGUCAACGAUUACCUACGAAACGUUUCCUCAAAUCUUCAACCUGUCUGUGGAGGAGUGGCAUUACCGCAUCGGCACUAGCGAUCCCGACCUGACGCCUUUCCAAGAGGCCGGCGGCAAGCUCCUCUCCUGGCAUGGCUUUGCCGACUCCCUGAUCGGCGGCAACGGCACCGUGCAGUACCGCAUCGACGUCCAGGACACGCUGGGCGGGCCGGACAAGGUUGACGAGUUUUACCGGCUCUUCAUGGCACCCGGCGUGGAACACUGCGGCGGAGGCUACGGCGCGACCCCGUCUGACCCUUUUGACGUACUGGUGGCGUGGGUCGAAAACGGCACGGCGCCGGAUACACUCCCGGCCGCGGGCAAUGGCCUCACUCGCAACCUUUGCAGAUUCCCCCUUCAACUGGAGUAUUCUGGGACGGGCGACAUUGACUUGGCAGAGAGCUGGACUUGUGUAUAA